AUGGAAAACCAGCACGUUCUUAUAGUAACCCUUGGUUCACAAGGCCAACUCAACCCUGCUCGCCGGCUCGCCGUCCAGCUUUCCCGGCUCUCCUUCUCCGGCCGCAUCACCCUCGCCAUCCCUCUCCACUUCUUCCGUCGUCUCUUCCCUUCUUCCCCUCCAAACCAACCUCAACCUCUCCCCGGACCUCCUUCCCCUCACCAAAUCUUCUUCUCCUCUUUCUCCGACGGCUGUGACGACGGCUUCGACCCCAACACCGGCGACGGGCAUCUCUUCAUGGUCAAGUUCAAGAAAGUCGGCUCCCAGACUCUCUCCACCCUCAUCCGUAACCUCUCCUCUCAGGGCCAUCCCGUCACCGGAAUCAUCUACACUAUUAUCUUAUCUUGGGUCCCUGACAUCGCCGGAGAGUUCAACAUCCCUUCCUUCUUCUACUGGAUCCAACCGGCCUCCGUCUUCUCCAUUUACUAUCACUACUUCACUGUCUUCAAAGACCUCACCAAAACUCAACUCCCAGGCCUUCCACCAUUAUCCUCCAAAGACCUCCCUUCCCUUCUCUCCAAUCCCACCUCCGACCCUUACCUUCCAGACUUUGAACUCAUCUUCAAAACACUAAACAAAACCAAAACCAAAGUUCUAGUGAACAGCUUCACUGCUUUAGAGAGUGGAGUCAUCUCCAGCCUUUCUGACAAGCUUGAGCUUCUCACUAUUGGACCAUUAGUUGAUGAUGAUGAAGAUGUUUCUCUGUAUGAGCAUGACGACUCAGAUAAUUACAUGCAGUGGUUAGACUCCAAAGAAGAAGGGUCAAUAGUUUACUUAUCAUUUGGGAGUCUAUCAGUGUUGUCAGAGAAGCAAGUGGAGGAGAUACUGAAAGGGUUGGAAGAGAGUGGGAGACCAUUCCUUUGGGUGCUGAGGAAGAACAACAGAGGACAAGGCAUUGAUGAGAAGUUGAUCAAGAAGAUAAAUUAUGAGGAGAGGGGUAAGGUGGUGGGGUGGUGCUCACAAGUGAAAGUAUUGAAACAUAGUUCAGUGGGGUGUUUUGUGAGUCACUGUGGGUGGAACUCCAUGUCUGAGGGAUUGCUUGCCGGCGUACCUAUGGUGAUGGUGCCACAGUGGAUGGACCAGAUGACGAACGCGAGGUUGGGGGAGGCGGAGUGGAGGGUGGGAGUGAGGGUGGAGGUGGAGGAGGAUGGGAUGGUGACAGGAGAGGAGUUGAGGAGGUGUUUGGAGGUUGUGAUGGGCGGAGAGGAGAUCAGUGAAGGAGUGGAGAUUAGAAAAAGAGCUGCGUUUUGGAAGGACAAGGCUUUGGAGGCUCUCGGACAAGAUGAUGAUGAUGAUGAUGAUGGCUCUUCUAUCCCAGAGGAUCACCUUCUCUUCCGCUUCUCCGUCUCCGAUUUGAGCAUUCCCCGACUCACCGCCACUCCACUUCUCUUCCGGCUCUCGAUCUCCUUCUCCACCUCCGUCUCUGCGGCACCAUCUCACUAA